CGAUAAUCAUGGCUGACAAUAACUGUGGCUGACAAGGUUUUGUUUACCACCAGCCAGACGGGGCAAUGGAACAUAAAUACCAAGAGGGCGAUGUGAGACAUCUACUACAAUCAUCUGAAUCAUCUAACGAUGAUUCCGACAGUGAAACAAGAGAGCGCUAUGGUACAGUCAAUAUACAAAAUAAAGAAUCGCAUACAUUUGAAGAAGCAAUUGACGCCGCUGGUUUUGGCUUAUACCAUUACAUGUUAUUGUGUGUGUGUGGUUGGGCUAAUGCCAGCGAUGCAGUGGAGAUGCUGUGUGUGUCUUUCCUGAUGCCUCAAGCCAAAACUGAUAUGCAUCUGACAGGAUUAGAGGAGGGCUGGCUUAGUGCCACUAUAUUUGUCGGAAUGAUGGUUGGCAGUUACUUUUGGGGAGCUCUGGGUGAUGUCAGAGGUCGGAAAGCAGUCUUGGUAUAUUCAUUAUUCAUGAAUGGAUUUUUUGGGUUAGCCUCAAGUUUUAUGCAGUCUUACGUACCAUUUCUUUUUAUGCGGUUCCUUAGUGGCAUUGGUGUUGGUGGAUCUAUGCCAGUGAUAUUCGCUUACUUCUGUGAAUUUCAACCCAAGAAACGCCGUGGUGCAAUGUUGACAGCGAUUUCUAUGUUCUGGAUACUGGGUAAUGUGAUAACAGCUGGUCUUGCCUGGAUCAUCAUACCACGGACUCACCUGGGAUAUUUUUCCGAACACUUCACUUUCAACAGCUGGAGAAUUUUUGUUGUUGUUUGUACUCUACCAAGCUUCACUUCUUCUUUAUCUUUUGCGAUUCUUCCUGAAAGUCCAAAAUUUUUACUCGAGAAUGGACAAGAAACUCAGGCACUUAAUGUUUUGAGGAGCGUUUUUCUUGUUAACAAUCGGAAGAAGAAGAAAACAGAUUAUUUUGUUAAAAUUCUACAGCCGUCUCAACAGGCUCGAAAAAGAAGUGCACGGAUUGCCUUGAGUCAAGUCUCAUUUUUCACCAAAAUUAAAAACAAUUUUCUCUUUGUUAUUUCUUCUACAAAACAAUUGUUCCUUUCUCCAUAUUUGCUGGUGACUCUGAAUUUACUGGGAAUCAUAUUUAGUCUAGCAUUUGGAUACUAUGGUCUUUGGCUUUGGUUUCCUGAGUUGUUUCUGCGAGUAGAACAGUCUGGUGGUUCUGCAUGCUCAGAGUUAUCUCCCAACGUCACAAUCAACACUAACAAUACCGACAAUUCAGUAUAUAGGGAUGCCUUUAUAACUGCAGCAGCCAAUGUUCCGGGGAACCUCUUUGCCACUCUUACGGUUGACAAGCUUGGAAGAAAGGUUUUACUCUGUGGAAGUCUUUUGAUAUCUGGUGCCAGUGUCUUCUUUAUCUGGUUUCUUAAUACCAAAAUAGAAGUGCUUGCAAUGUCUUGUAUAUUUGGCGGUGUAUCAGUUAUUUCCUGGGCAGUACUGAAUGUGGUAGGAGCUGAAUCGUAUCCAACAAAUAUGAGAUCCACGGCAUUGGGUGUGCAGUCACUCACAAAUCGUAUAGGCGCUGUGGUUGGGAAUGUCAUCUUUGGUGUAUUUAUAGAUCUUCACUGUGCUGUGCCUAUCUUAUCCGUGGCAAUAUUAUUGGCAUUUGCUGGAAUAAUUACACUCAGACUUCCAAACACAAAGAAGACAGACCUUCUGUAAUAAGAGAGGUGAUUGUGUUUAACUGUAAAUGUCUGAAUGGUCGCUAUGUAUAGACUCCACUAUAUUUUAUUAAUCACAUUUAUUCACUAAAGGGCUGGCUCCUUUUCAUUACUUCAAAUUUUAUAUCAUUGAUUAUUCAAGAGCUGUGUUCACUGAGCUAGCAACAGAGAUAAAACAUGUUAAAAAUUUGAUUUGUUAUUCAGACAUUCUUUAAAAGUUACUAAGC